AUGGUUGCCGAGAAGAUGGCCCACCUUCAUACUCUGCCUAUUCGGGCGACUGCCGAACGUUUUCUGAGUGACACAAAUUUCGUGUUGAGCGAGGAGCCGUGUGUGCUGAAACACAUACAUCGUUACAUCGAACUCCUGCCGCAGGAUGGAGUCUCUCCGCGAGGAUAUCCCACCACUGCUGUGCAUACGUACAAACAGAAACAGUAA